AUGGGUAAGUGUGGAUUUAUGUGUGUGGAAUGUGGCGAAAAAGCAUUGGAGCUGUACAGAGACUACAGUAACGGCAUCUUGAAGAUCACCAUAUGUGAGAGUUGCCAGAAGCCAGUAGACAAGUACAUUGAAUACGACCUGGUUAUCAUCCUGAUUGAUGCCAUUUUGUGCAAGACGCAGGCUUACAGGCACAUUUUGUUCAACACAACUUUGAAUAUCCAUUGGAAGCUGUGUGUGUUCUGUCUGCUCUGUGAGGCCUACCUCAGGUGGUCUCUGCUUCAUGGCUCCGAGCACAGCAGUGACCCCGCUGACAUCAUCAGGUACACCAAACAGUAGUUCUACUGCAUGUUUGGACUGGCUGCCCUUGAGCUGGCGGCGUUCUGCGGCGGUGUGCUGUGUUUCCUUUGGGUCAUAGUGCAUCAUCUGCAGGGUGGAACCCUUGAGUUCCAUCUGCUCCUCAGGUCCCUGCUGUUGUCCUGUUACGGCAAAGUCCUCCUUAUCCCUGCUGUCAUCUGGGAGCAUGACUACUCCCCACUGUGUCUGGGCCUCAUCAAGCUGUUUGCCCUCAUCAACUCCCAGGCGAUUCGAGUGAUUCUGAACAGCAGCAGACGUCUGUCGUUGGUGGCCGUGUUCGUAGGCUUGCUGUCAGAGACAUGUAUGGCUCAAGCCUGUCGGACCCUCCCAUGGAGCGUUCAGGACGUUUUGACAUUUGCAUGAUUUGUGCUGCACGUCCUCAUCAGACUGAGACUGUUUCAUUUGAAAGUGGACACCGCUUAGUGGGCGUGGCCUCUGUACAGAACUCCAGUCAUCUGGAGCUGGAGAUCAACCCUGUUUUUGAAGGAUUACACUCCACCCACAUCGCCAGUCUCCACAAAAUCAAUACAUUCACACACUCAGAUCUUAACAGCAACACUUUUGGAAAUGGAAACACAACUCUCUGCUCCUUCCAGGCUCAUCAGUGCUAUCAAGCUCCCUGUUUGCCCCCUUUUUAACCCACUAAACAUGAAGCGAAGCAGUGCCGCAGUGUGACGUGACCCGGAUGUGAGACUGCCGUUGUGUACUCCCUUCACCUCUAUUUAUGUUUUGCUCAUGAGCCUAUCAAUAAACUAUUUGUGUUCAUACACAAAUAUAUACUGCGUCCUGCAUUUGGGUUCACGUAUCCAUUUAAAUGUAACAAGUGGAUUUUUUUUUUGUCACUUAUUUGCAGAAACAAAGUGCUCACAAGCUCUUUAUAUUGUUAAAGUUUGUAUUAGUAACUGGAACUGGGAUAGUGGACAUCUGUGUUGUCUGAUCUGACAAGAACUGAUUUAAUUUUCA